AUGGACGGCACCGCGAAGCCGUCCUCCUCCUCCGCGGCGACGGCGACGGCGUCCGCGUCCGCCGCCGCCGGCGACCGCGCGAACGUCAUCGCACAGCUCGAGGACGCGGACGGAAAUCCCGCGGGCCCGCAGCUCGACCUCCCGCACGACGCGGACCACACGCAGCUCGAGACGCUCCUCAACGCGCUGCUCCAGAACGAGGACAAAGUCCCGUUCGCCUUCUACGCCGCGGACGCGGAGGUGAUCGGCCCGCUCGGCGCGCACCUCGCGAAGCGCGGCGCGUCGACGGAGACGGUGCUGAAGAUCGUGUACCAGCCGCAGGCGCUGUUCCGCGUCCGCCCGGUGACGCGCUGCUCGAGCGCGAUCCCGGGGCACGCGGAGGCGGUCCUCUCCGUCGCGUUCUCGCCCGACGGCAAGAAUCUCGCGAGCGGGAGCGGGGACACGACGAUACGGCUGUGGAAUCACGACACGGAGACGCCCAAAGCGACGCUGAAGGGCGCGUUCUAUCUCACACUGGUCCCCAUACGACCGCGUCAUUCCAAUUGGGUUCUCUGCAUCGCGUGGUCGCCGGACGCGCGGCUGCUCGCGUCCGGGUCGAUGGACAAGGACGUGCGGCUGUGGUCAACGACGGGUGAGGCGCGCGGCGGGCCGAUGCGAGGGCAUCGGAAGCACGUCACCGCGCUCGCGUGGGAGCCCGCGCACGUGCGGUAUCCGCCCGAGAGAUUGGCGUCGGCGUCCGCCGACGGCACCGCGAGGUGGGGCGGCGAGGGGUUGAUAUACACCGCGUCCAGGGACACGACGAUAAUAUGCUGGGACGCGAAGGACGGGAAGGUGGUGCGGCAGUUGAAAGGGCACGGGCACUGGGUGAACACGCUCGCGUUGUCCAACGAGUACGCGACGCGCACCGGCGCGUUCGAUCACAAGGCGAUCGCGCCCGCGAACGAUGAGGAGGGGAAACGUAUGGCGCGGGAGCGUUACGAUGUCGCGAUGGCCGGGCAGCCGGAACGGCUCGUCAGCGGCUCGGACGACUUCACGAUGUUUCUGUGGACGCCGGAGACGAGCAAGUCCCCGACGCGACGCAUGACGGGCCACGUGCAACUCAUCAACCACGUCGUGUUCUCCCCGGACACGAAGCUCAUCGCCAGCGCGUCGUUCGAUAAGGCGGUGAAGCUGUGGGACGGGAAGACCGGGGAGUUCAUCGCGACGAUGCGCGGGCACGUCGGACCGGUGUAUCAGAUCGCGUGGAGCGCGGACAGCAGGAUGGUGGUUAGCGGGAGCAAAGACAGCACGCUCAAGGUGUGGAGCGCGAGGACGAGGAAGUUGGAGUUGGACUUGCCAGGGCACGCGGACGAGGUGUUCGCCGUGGACUGGUCCCCGAUCGGGACGAGAGCCGCGUCGGGGGGGAAGGACAAGAUGCUCCGGCUGUGGAGGCAUUAG